CGUAGUGUGUACGAUACUUGUUGCACGUCUACCACUCCAGUGAAGCCCUGUACAGUCGGGGGACGAUGGGGCUUCUCUCUGCGACUGUCGGUCCCUUUCGGAGCCGAAUACACGCGGUUCGGACGUGGAGCCGAGACUUGUCCACGAUGUCAGCUUCUCUGCGCAGCGGCGGCGCACUCGCGUCGAAGGCGUCACUGUUCCAAAGGAGAUGUGGAGGAUUAUAUCAACACAUUUUUCCGCUUGCUCGGUUGCUUAGCUCAAACAAACCACCAAGAGGUUUUGAAAAGUUUUUUCCAAAGAGUGAAGGAAGCACUGGCGUCAACAAAUCAGCUGAAGAUGAAAAUACCAAAGAACGGGACACAUAUAAUGAUGAAGAUGAAAGACGAAGAGAGAAAAAAGAAGAAUCGCACUGGUGGACGCGUUUUCAGGAUGGUUUUCCCUUGGAUGAAAAAGCAGUUCAGUACUUGGCAAUUGGUGCAGCAGGCAUGACCUCAGCGUUUUGGUACUUUUACUUUCGAGAGACAGGGAUGCAGAUCUCCUGGAAGGACUUUGUGCAUCAUUACUUGAACAGAGGCUUGGUGGAUCACCUGGAGGUGGUCAAUAAACAAUAUGUCAAAGUAAUUCCUGCCAAUGGAAUGAAGACAUCAGAAGUGAGCUAUUUGUGGUUCAACAUUGGCAGUGUUGACUCAUUUGAGCAUAACCUAGAAAUGGCCCAGCAAGAAAUGGGUUUGGACUCAGAGAAAGUACCUGUGUUCUACAGCAGUGAAAGUGAUGGGACACAGCUUUUUACUGUUCUCCCCACUUUACUCCUGGUCGGCUUUUUACUUUUUGUCAUGCGGGCGGGACCAAUGGCAGGAGGUCGUGGGGGUGGAGGGCAAGGAAACCCCUUCAGUAUGAGUAAAUCCAAAGCCAAGAUUAUAAAAGACAACAUCAGCAUUCGGUUCAAAGAUGUUGCUGGCUGUGAGGAGGCUAAAGUGGAGAUUUUGGAGUUUGUCAACUUCUUGAAGAACCCGCGGCAGUAUCAGGACCUCGGAGCCAAGAUCCCAAAGGGUGCGAUGUUAUCGGGCCCACCUGGUACUGGCAAGACCUUGUUAGCAAAGGCCACAGCAGGAGAGGCCAACGUCCCCUUCAUCACCGUCAACGGCUCGGAGUUCCAGGAAAUGUUUGUUGGCGUGGGCCCAGCGAGGAUAAGGGAUACGUUUGCCACAGCUCGGAAAAAUGCCCCUUGCAUCCUUUUCAUUGACGAGAUCGACGCAGUUGGCAGAAAGAGAGGCAAUGGAAACUUUGGCAACCAGAACGAGCAGGAAAACACCCUCAACCAGUUGCUUGUGGAAAUGGACGGAUUCAACAGUAGCACUAACGUGGUCGUUUUAGCUGGCACCAACCGAGCUGAUAUCUUGGAUCCAGCUUUGAUGAGGCCGGGGCGCUUUGAUCGACAUAUAUACAUAGGCCCACCAGAUAUUAAAGGCAGGGCAUCCAUCUUUAAGGUGCAUUUAAGACCUCUGAAGUUGGACAUUAGUAUACAAGUGGAGGCUUUGGCCAGGAAGCUCGCUGCACUGACCCCAGGUUUCACUGGGGCUGAUAUUGCGAAUGUGUGUAAUGAGGCUGCUCUAAUAGCUGCACGGCACCUCGACCGACAUGUCAACACGAAGCACUUUGAACAGGCCGUCGAGAGAGUUAUUGGAGGUCUAGAGAAAAGGAGUCAGGUACUGCAGCAUCCGGAGAAAACUACCGUGGCGUAUCAUGAGGCCGGACACGCUGUAGCGGGCUGGUUCCUAGAACAUGCUGACCCGCUUCUUAAGGUGUCAAUUGUCCCCAGAGGGAAAGGUUUGGGUUAUGCACAGUAUCUGCCGAAGGAACAGUACCUGUUCACCCGGGAGCAGCUGUUUGACAGAAUGUGCAUGAUGCUCGGGGGUCGAGUGGCUGAGCAGGUUUUCUUUCAACGAAUUACCACCGGGGCGCAGGAUGACCUCAGGAAAGUCACGCAGUCUGCGUAUGCUCAGGUUGUACAGUUUGGCAUGAACGAGGCGGUGGGCCAGGUGUCCUUUGACCUGCCUCAGCCGGGUGAUGUCGUAACUGAGAAGCCCUUCAGUGAGUCCACAGCCCAGCUUAUAGACCAGGAGGUCCGCCUGCUCAUUGAUUCUGCCUUCCAACGAACACUUCAGCUCGUUACCAACAAGAAAGAAAUGGUGGAGAAGGUGGCAAAACUUCUUCUAGAAAAGGAGAUUCUAGACAAAGCCGACAUGGUGGAGCUGCUGGGAACUCGUCCUUUUCAGGAGAAGUCGUCGUAUGAGGAGUUUGUUGACGGACUGGGGGAGUUUGAGGAGGACACCUCUCUACCCGACGGGCUGAAGAACUGGAACAAGAACAAAGGGGAGGAAAAACACCCACAGAAUGGACAAAGCAAAGCAGCACUUUACCUGUAGGUGGAUGCACAGCCUCAAGGCAAAUAUCCCACUGUAUUCAGUUGAAUAUAGUUCAGCAGCAUCUGGUCCAGAUGUCAGUGCUCUGACAAACAUUCCUUGUUCAUCUCACUGACGGCUGCAGAGGGAGGGAUGAUGACGUGUUGCACAGGUCUUAAAUGGCCUAGAUAAUGCCAUUUUUCAAGUUGUAGAUUGUGUACUAUGCAGCGAAAUUUCCAAAAAAAUGACUUUUACUUUUAGAUCAGUAAGCUGAGGCUUCUGAGAAAAGUGCAGUUUGUGAUUUAAAAUUAACUGGAGGGGCCUUCUUCCCACACUCAGACUGACAAACAUACAACAGAAUAAUCUGAAGUUGUGGUUACAAGUUACAAAACAGAAAUCAAAAGAGAUGUUUUUAACAUCAUGUGACGGGUAUAUUAGUUGUGGUGUGUAUUUGUUAGUUACACACUGUACUGGUAUCAUAUGAGUUACAUUAUAUUCUGGGGCCCAUUGCCCUUAUCCAACCAUACAUCUAUACAUUUAGUAAGACUCUGUCUCCAAUCUUGGCCACCACUUUAUUCUGGAAAGGGAGAAAGUCUUGAACACCGAAAGAGAUAAAAUUAUUCUGUUAGGGAAAACACCUUUUAAAAAUGUAAUUACUGAGUGGAGCAACCAGAUUAUGCUUGUUUCUUUGAUAUUUGAGUUUUUAAAGGUACUUUCACUGUACUUUUAACUUUUUAAAAUCUUUACACCAUCGUACAAUGAAAACAUUCUCACAUUUCUGUGACAUUUUGUCUUAGCUCAAAUACAUUUUCAUCACCGUUAUAGUCUUCAACCUGGUAUUAAUUUAUCAGUAAAGGUAGAUGUUAGAACUCAAAGUUUAUAAAUUGGCUUUGUGCACAAUGCAGGUUAUUGUUGUCUGCUCAGUGUCCCAUAGUUACACUAGUCAACAUUGAUGCAGUCAUUCAUUACAUUACAUUACAUGUCAUUUAGCUGACGCUUUUAUCCAAAGCGACUUACAAUAAGUGCAUUAAACCGUGAGUCCAAACUCAGAACAACAAGAA